AUGGCGAGUGCAGGCCCUUCCUCGCCAUCGCUGGCAUCCAGCGUCAAUGAACAACCAGCCCUGCAUCAGCCUCAUCAACCACCUCUGCGUGCGCGUUUGCAUGCUCUGCUUCAACAUUCGCACUCUCACUCUGGCUCCAGUCCUGCUCUGUCUCCUACUUCAGACACGCACAGCCAGCAUCACACAGAUGCGGAUCCGCUCAGCAGCUCAACUUCGAUAGAAAGCGAGGCCCACGCCGUCACGUCGCCCAAGAUGGUCGCUUUGCCGCCACAUCCGCAACCGCCCAAAGGCGCCCUGAGCGUCUUGCCAAAGACCACUACGCCAUCUUCGUCCAUCCACAAGCCUUCUGUGGCUUCUUCGCCCCCGCCAAAGCUCGCCGCUUUGCCUCGAAGCGUCACCGCAUCAAAUCUGGGCAGCAGCCCAGCCGUCGCACCACGCCCAGAAUCGACGUCCGCCGGCCCAUCCAGGGCAUCCAGUCUCGACCCUUCUCAGCUUCCGUCAGCGUAUACCCUUCCGACUUCACACACAACGUCCAACGUGCAUCCUGAGCACUCGUCUAAUCAGCCACGCCAGCGCCCUUCCAUCAAAGUCCGCAUUAUCACUUGGAACAUGCACGACAGCGUCCCAAAAGGCGAGCUCGAAGUUCUCCUCGGAAAAGCCGGUCCGUAUGUCCCGCCCGAAUCCGAUUGGGACAUCAGCUACGACAGUGCUGAUGAUGACGACCAACACGCAUCACAAUCCGCACGCAAUCAAAGCAGAGGUCAACACGUUGUCGGUCAAGAGCACGUCCCUAGAGCAGAUCGCAUCCCGCCCCUCCCGCACGAUGAUUCGCAUCCUUACCAUCUGCUCGUCAUUGCAGGUCAGGAAUGUCCCUGGGGAGACGGAAAGCGUCUUGCUACCAGCGUCGGCAUGGCGAACGAGCUGGGAGACUUCGGAAAGCAAAAGGCGCGUGCUGCCAAAGACAAGGACAAGGACAAGGACAGAUCGAAGCCGUCCAAGCAAAAGGAGAAGCAGAGGUCGGGCGACAGCGAUAGCCUGCCCGCCAUUGCCGAUGCAAACAACAAGUCUGCACACUCGACUACCGACGAAGCGCCCUCAUCUAUCCAGAACAGAGACGGUUUGCAAAUUCCCUCGGACGAUAACAGCUUUCCAUUCUUCUCUGGCCCACUUUCCACUGCUCUUCCUGGCCAACCGCUCGCUUCGCCCAUGAUCGGCGGCAGCUCUAUGCCCGGCUUUGGCGGCAGCACCACCGAUCUACACAACGAUGACAAGCUCGUCGCUUGGCCCAACAUCGGCGGCAAAGGCUGGAGCGAUCUCUGCGAGGACUGGCUUGUCCGCAACCAGCACGUUAAGAAGGACAAGGAACACAAGGAGAAACCUUUCAUCAGCGGCGCCCGCCUCGCCCGCGCGCUGUCUCACUCCGCAUCAAAGAAAGAAGUCGCCCAAUCUAGUCAGUCUUUCGCACUCCAUGAUCCUCAGCAGAGCGUUCCAUCGCACUCCGUCUCGGCAGCCGUGACGCCCGAGUUAUCGCGUGCUGCAAGCCCUGUUGGCAUCCCGACCAGCUUCAGUCUGCCAGGCACUCCCAAUCAGAGUACCCUCGAAGGAUUUGGUGCAUUCACAGAUACUCCAGCUCCCCCGCCCGCGGAGUCCUCACCCGGCGCCGACAAACGCAAGCGGCUCGUGCCCAAGCUCAAUCUCAACCGUCUCGAUAUUGUGAAAAAGUCCCCGGCUUCCGGUCGAUCGAGCCCCGCCAAUAUGACCGAUGCCGAAUAUGUCUCGUCACCCGUGCUACUCUCGCCCACAGCAAUCGUUCCCAAGACUGCGCAGCAGCUGUCUAGCCUAUCGACGGUUCCCAGUGAGCAGGCGGCUCACGCAGCCGAGCCGAGCUCCGUCAAUGCUUCGACGAGCGCAACACCAUGGCUGACUGUACCCGGCACACCUGCCAUGAGCCGCAUGAGCUCAUCACAUAGCCUCUCGACAUUAGCAGCGGGCUCUGCAGUCCCUUCGAAUAACGAAGUGCAUGUUGAUCCUCCAACCCCAUCGCGUACUCCUUCGCCAUAUCCCGACGCCCAACCCGGCGCAAAAGUCGGAGGUCAAGUCCCCAGCAACUCUGCAGCUCUAGCCGUCCCCGCUGCGAGCGAUGCUGGUGCUAAAGCACCCGAGAAGUCGUUCGCCGACUCGAUGCCCAAGUCUUUGGGCCCGUACGAGCUAGUCAUCAAGGAGCGCAUGAUGGGCUGCUACAUGGCUGUCUAUGUGUGGCGCGGGUGCAAGGAUCGGAUCCGUGGCGCUUCGCGAUCUCACGUCAAGUCUGGCCUCCUCGCAGGUCGUGUUGGCAACAAGGGCGGCGUAGGUAUCUCGCUCAAGCUGGGCGCCACACGGCUGCUCUUCGUCAACGCACAUUUGGCAGCACACGAGGACAAGGUCGCCCUUCGAUUGGCAAAUGUGGCCAAGAUCAAGGCAGCGCUCAAGGUGGAUUCGUUCCUGCCAACGGACGAUCCGCGAUCCCGGCUCGAAGACAUCACCGAGCAAUUCGAUCAUACCUUCUGGUUUGGCGAUCUCAACUUCCGCAUCGACAUCUCGCGCCAGCAUGCCGAUUGGCUCAUGAUGAACAAGAAGUACGAUCAGGCGCUCGCCUUUGACCAGCUUGGCAAAGUGCUCAAGGAAGGAGAUGCUUUCAAGGGCUUCAAGGAGGCUCCCAUUCAUUUCCCUCCUACAUACAAGUACGACGUCCUCAGUACACUCAAGCUCAAGCGCAGCAAGACGCAGACCUCGACGCGAAGCGCAAUCGAUAUUCCCGGGGCUUCCUCAACAGUCACCGCCACAGCUGAAACGUCAACGACUCCCCUUGGCGAGAGCGUCAUCCCAGAGGAUAGCACCGUUUGCUUUGGUGAGCCCGACUCGCAAGCGGAUCAACUGGGAGAUGCCAGUCCGGCCUUCUUUCCGAAGAGCGGGCUCAACAAUGAUGCUUGCUCGCACCUGGACUCGUCCAGGCUUGCCUCAGCGCCGCACGGCAUCUCGCCUACUGCUGGCGAUGAAAGCAUAGCAGCUGCGUCUGAUACCCACGAUCCCGAUCGAUCGGACGAAGAUCGGUAUUCGAUUGCUUCUUCCUCGGCAUUUGGCUCAAUGGCAUCGUCUUCCGGCUUUGUACGCGCGUACCGAAACCAAGAGGCUCGCCUGCCACAAGACGUCGACCCGGCGCUGGUUCGUGAACGCGAACUCGAACUGCAAAGGCAACGCCAGCUUGCCGAGAACACGAGUGCAGCCCAGGGCCCGCGCUUCUUCUCUCCUGGCGCCGCGAUUAAAGCCAAAUUCAAGAUCAUGGACAUGAUGCGUAGCGCUACAAGCACCAACAUCAAAGAGAAGCUGAGCAGUGCAGUUUCUGCAGAUGGUCAACCCGGCGGUCGCAAGAAGUGGCUCAACGUCCUGACCGAGUCGCCGAAGAAGUCGGCCAUGACGGCAUCGGCUUCGAGCGACAACAACUCGAUCGUGGAUUCGAUCAACUCCAUGCCGUCGCCUGGGACGGAGCUUUCAACCUAUGCGCCUGACGGCGACGAGUCUUGCGAUGCAGCAGGACGAAGAGGCAGCCUACUGUCCUCGGACGGCUACCCCAGUAGUGCGGGUCAUGGGGAGAUGCCAACAAUUCGCCAUGUGUUGAGCAGAGAAGGCGAGGCUCUUUCGAGCGACAAGGAGAGCGAGAGCGGUGCUCCGGCACCUGUCCGAGCUGGUCCGCGUCGCUCGUCGCUGCAGAUGGCUAAAGCGACUGCGCUGGCAGCAGCAAAAGCCCACAGAGAAGCCAAGUAUCCGCAUCUGACUGGCGCCACUGCCGAGCAGAUUGACUUCCUCGAAGCGCAGCCGUACGACACAAGCGCCAAGCAGAGGGUGCCGUCGUGGUGCGAUCGAGUUUUGUUCCGUUCCACGGUCCCGCUCGAUCCCGAAGAUCGAGAUCCGGAAGGCGACGCAGACGACCUCAAGCGCUCCGAACACGAGGCCAAGCUUGGGUCUAGAGUCGGCAGCGCGCUGUCCAGUGCAUUAAUCACGCCUUUGCGGCAAGCAGCAGAGCGCCGUCACCACAUGCAUCCGCAGCGAACGGCUUCCAACGGUCUCAUAGCCGCCGUUGCCGGCAGCUCUUCCAUCGCUUUUGCGGACGAGAAGCCGUUUCGAGCUGAGGUCGGGCCGAAGGGAGAGGUGGCCCGCAAAGCUAGCGCGACGCGCAGGAGUCAGCAUAGCGAUCGGGCGACCACAACAUCGCAGCCGAGCGUUUUGAGUCCGAAGGCAGUUACGCGAAUCUCGGCAGUGGACGAACGCACGCGGGAGCCACACCUCUUGCAACGCUUCCUACACCCAGCCAGACACCGACAUCGACUCAAAGCAUUGAGCCCCAGUCUCACGUUUUCCGACUCGACGGACAACACGCACGAUACUGCGCAGUGGGUGGUCAAGAACAACAGCAGUAUCGAUCUGAUGCCAACCUCGACCAGUCUGGGACUCGAGAGCGGUGCAGGACUUGGAUUGGCAGGGCUGGAGACGACGCGGACCGCUAUCAGCACGGUUGAUUUGCCGAGUCAGUUGGAGGAGAGGGACAAUCGAUUCGAUGGUGCCGCUAAGCGGAGUUCCUCGCCUUUGUCGGCCCUGACCUCACACGCGAAAAUCGUGAUCCCACCACGGCAGUCGAGUACGUCUCAGAACAACUCGCCCAUGGUGAAUGGCCGGGGCUGGUCUUUCCCGUCUCCGACCAAGGAGAUCGCUUCUCCUGCCACAGUUUCCCCACUCGAGGUGCCCCAGCCUCCCGUUCGCUCGGCCUCGGCAAGCGCAGCUUCGGAAAAGCCGCUCUCGCCACCCGUUUCGACACGGUCCGUACCGUCACCUGGACCACGUCGCACGCUUUCGUCAUCCAGCACGGAUCGCGGUGGGUGGAUGGACAGCCUCUCCUCCCACCUGCCCGCCUUUUUCGCCCCUGCCUUCUCGGCUCUCAGAUCGCACCGACACGCGAGCCAGUCCAUCGAUGCGACCGAGUUGCCACAGCACAAGGAGGAUGCGCAGCCGCAGACGCCGCUCUUGGGACCCAAGAGGGGUCGCAUCGAAUGCUUGCUCUACAAGUCGUUGGACGAUCGUGAGAUGCGCAUCUUGGAGGGAAGAUCCGAUCAUCGUCCGGUUAUCUUUGUCGGUGCUAUCGGCAUUUGA